AUGGCUUCCGAAACAACAAAAAUAGACCCGGUAACAACCCGCCCGGUCAAAAAGACGCGCCGCGCCCUCUCCCCAACCUCAGCGCAAGCCUCGCAGCUCCAAUCCCUGUUUGCGCACCCGGAGCAAGAGAUCCGCCUUCCACCACCGCCAGGCUCCACCACGGGACGCAAGCCGAUCCCGCCGCCGCCCGAGAUCGUGACCAACGUACAGGGCUCCAGCGCGGGCGCCGGGUCGGGCGAGUUCCACGUGUACAAGGCGGCGCGACGGCGCGAGUACGAGCGGCUGCGGCAGAUGGACGAGGAGGUGGCGCGGGAGCGGGAAAGGGAAGAGUUUGAGCGGCGGAAGCGGGAGCGGGAGCGGGAGGACGAGGAGAAAACCCGUAAGAACCGGGAGAGGAGGGAGAAGAAGAAGAAGAGGGCGAAGGACGCGAAGGGGAAGGCUGUUAAGGAGGGGGAUAAGAAGGGUGCAGGUGCGGACGGGUGUGGUAGUGGGAGUGGGGAGCAUGGAAAGCAAGAGAGACGCAACGAAGGGGGGAAGCUGGAUGCGAAGGGUGCAGAGAAAGUGGAGGACGGAAAAGAGGAGGGUCAGGGCGAGGGUCAGCCAUGGCAAGAGACGAGUACCCUUGUGCGUGCGGUACAGGAUGCAGCCGUUGCUGCAGCAGAAGGGGUGGGUUUGCUUAUUCAUGAUGAUGAUUGA